CUGUGUGUGUGUGUUUCAGGUGAGAAGAUGAGGAAGUUUGCGUACUGUAAGGUGGUGCUGGCCACCUCUCUGGUGUGGGUGAUGCUAGACAUGUUCAUCCUCCUCUACUUCAGCGAAUGCAACAAAUGCGAUGACAAAAAAGAGAGAGGAUUGCCGGGGAGAGACACUGUUGUUCAAAGGCCUCACGACGGCCCGGGGGAGAUGGGAAAGCCAGUGGUCAUCGCUAAAGACCAACAGGAGAGGAUGAAGGAAAUGUUUAAGAUAAACCAGUUUAACCUGAUGGCCAGUGAGAUGAUUGCACUCAACAGAUCUUUACCGGAUGUUCGUCUUGAGGGGUGUAAAACGAAGGUGUAUCCAGACGAUCUCCCACGCACCAGUGUGGUGAUUGUGUUUCAUAAUGAAGCGUGGACCACUCUGCUCCGAACGGUCCACAGCGUGAUGGACAGGUCACCGAGACACCUGCUGGAGGAAAUCGUGCUGGUGGAUGACGCCAGUGAGAGAGACUUCUUGAAGAGGCAGUUGGAGCAGUAUGUGCGGAAGCUGGAGGUUCCUGUCAGGGUGGUACGGAUGGAGCAGCGCUCGGGCCUGAUUCGCGCUCGGUUGAAGGGGGCGUCCAUCUCCACAGGUCAGGUGAUUACCUUCCUGGAUGCCCACUGUGAAUGCACCACCGGCUGGCUGGAGCCUCUGCUCGCUCGCAUCAAAAUCGACAAGAAAACCGUGGUGUGUCCCAUCAUUGACGUGAUCAGCGAUGACACGUUUGAGUACAUGGCAGGCUCUGAUAUGACAUAUGGUGGCUUCAACUGGAAGCUGAACUUCCGCUGGUAUCCGGUACCACAGAGAGAGAUGGAUCGCAGAAAAGGAGACAGAACGCUGCCUGUCAGGACCCCCACUAUGGCAGGUGGUCUCUUCUCUAUAGACAGAGAUUAUUUUCAGGAGAUUGGCACGUACGAUGCAGGCAUGGACAUUUGGGGAGGAGAGAACCUGGAGAUCUCGUUUAGGAUUUGGCAAUGUGGGGGGACGCUUGAGAUCGUCACGUGCUCUCACGUCGGUCACGUGUUCCGUAAAGCCACGCCGUACACGUUCCCCGGUGGAACUGGGCAGAUCAUCAAUAAAAACAACAGACGGCUGGCGGAGGUCUGGAUGGAUGAGUUCAAGAACUUCUUCUACAUCAUCUCACCUGGUGUGACGAAAGUGGAUUAUGGAGACAUCUCAUCCAGAACAUCCCUGAGACAGAGACUGCAGUGUAAGCCGUUCUCCUGGUACCUAGAAAAUGUCUACCCGGACUCCCAGAUACCACGCCACUACUACUCGCUCGGAGAGAUCCGUAAUGUGGAGACUAACCAGUGUCUGGAUAACAUGGCCAGGAAAGAGAAUGAAAAAGUGGGCAUUUUCAACUGUCAUGGCAUGGGCGGCAACCAGGUUUUCUCGUACACAGCCAAUAAAGAGAUCCGGACUGAUGACCUCUGUUUGGAUGUGUCCAAACUCAAUGGUCCCGUUAUGAUGCUCAAGUGCCAUCACUUGAAAGGCAACCAGCUUUGGGAAUAUGACCCUGUGUAUGUUGGCAAAUGGGAGUAUGACUUUAAGAAACAUACCUUCCUGCACAUCAUCACCCAAUCGUGUCUGACCAUCAGUCGGCUGGAGGACGGGACAUAUGGCCCAACGGUGGAGUACUGUGACGAUAGCCCCCUUCAGGCCUGGAUCCUCCGAAACUUCACCCGGCAGGAGGUUUUUAAGAAGCUUUACUACAGCCCUACUGAUUACUUUCUGUAACUUCCACAACUUCCUGUUGAUG